UAUUUAUUUUUUAUUAUUAUUUAGAAAAAUAUAAUAAAAAAAAUGGGAAGGGGGAGAGUGGAGCUAAAGAGGAUUGAGAACAAAAUAAAUCGGCAAGUAACAUUUGCAAAGAGAAGGACUGGACUGCUAAAGAAGGCUUAUGAGCUCUCAGUUCUAUGUGAUGCAGAAGUUGCCCUCAUCAUCUUCUCCAACCGUGGCAAGCUCUAUGAGUUUUGCAGCGGCCCUAGCAUGGCUAGGACACUUGAGAAGUAUCAGCGAUGUAGUUAUGCAACACUAGAGGCAAACCAGCCUGCAAAGGACACACAGAGCAGCUACCAAGAAUAUCUGAAGCUAAAGGAAAAAGCUGAGGCCUUGCAACACACACAGAGAAAUCUUCUUGGGGAAGAGUUGGAGCAUAUGGGCGCAAAAGAGCUUGAUCAGCUUGAGCAUCAGCUGGAACAAACACUGAAGCAAAUAAGAUCAACAAAGACGCAGUUCUUGCUUGAUCAACUCUCUGACCUUCAAAAGAAGGAAGACCUGCUCUUGGAAACCAACAAAGCCUUAAGGAUAAAGUUGGAAGAAGGUAAUGCUGCCCUUCAAUCAACAUGGGAAGCUAGGGAGAAAAAUGUUCUAUAUAGUUGCAACCCAGCACAGCAAGAGGAAUUUUUUCAGCCUCUACGAUGUGAUAGCACAUUGCACAUUUGUUACAAUCCUUCAGUGACAAAUCAGGCAAAUCCUGCAACUUCAGCUGAAAAUGCUAAUGGCAUCAUUCCAGGGUGGAUGCUUUGAUUUUUGAAGUCACAUUUGAAAUUCAUCAUAGCCUUAACCUUUAUUAAAAAAAAUAUAUAUGACUGUUCAUGCUCACCUACUUAUCAUUGUUGCAAUGUUGUCUGCAAGAGUUGGCAAUAAGCAGAUGCUACAGUAAUAGUGUUGUUGCUCAAAUUGUUGCAAAGCUCAGUAUAUUAUCUGGCAACUUGAGAGCAUUAGGGGACAUGAGCAAUAGCUAAUAAGUGGAAUGUAAUAAAUAAUUUCUAAUACUUUUUUAUACCAUUAAUAAUAAAAAGGCUCUUACUGG